UGCGCGUAACAGCACAGCAUUCGCUGUUAUUCCACUCAAUUCCAAAGUUCGUUUCCCCAUUUGUUUACAUCAUUUAGCAUUGAACUCAUAAUAAUACACAUAAUCGAAGCAAAUUUGUUGUCAACCCGGAGAAGAUGUCCCUGGCCAACGUGCGCGGCCUGGUGCUGGCGAACCGCUCCACCCCCCAGCUAAUGAUGGCGCAUCUGAAGCUACUGAGUCCUCAGUACCGCCACCUGGGGACAUCCAUGCCGGAAUCGAUGGCCGUUUCCUCGCCGUCCAGUGUCGCCCCACCAUCCCACACGGAUCACCUGCAUCUGAGUUCCCACGACUACAAGUCGAUCCUGGAGGCGGAGAACCAGCACAGGUGCAUGGACAAGAUGCGGAACCUGCCCGCCUUUCCGCGUCCCAAGACCCUCACGCCCAACAAGCACGAGAAGAACGUCUCCUCGGUUCUCAUUGCCCUGUGCCAAGAGCGGGAGUCGGACCUGGUUUCUUUGCUGUACACCCGACGAUCGAGACACCUGCGCAGUCACAGCUUUCAGAUAUCCUUCCCAGGCGGGAGACGGGACCCGCACGACGCCUGCAACGUGGACUGCGCCUUGCGGGAAACGGAGGAGGAGAUCGGUCUCCCACGCGAUCGAAUUAAAGUUUGGGGCGAGGCCAAGGAGCUGCACUUGCCACGCACCUCGUCCAUUGUGCCGGUGGUGGGUGUGAUCCCCGAUUUCCACAUAUCCGAGCUGCAUCUCAAUAUGGAGGAGGUGGAGGAGGCCUUUAUUGUUCCCCUCAACUCGCUGAUCAUGCCCAAGGCCACUCGGCACACGCAGUUCCGGAGCGGCUACAGCGGACCCGUGUUCGCAGUGGACCACUAUCGUAUUUGGGGCAUCACCGGCUACCUGACGCACCUCUUCCUGCACAGCCUCCUGCCCCCGAACCUGCUGCCCGACUGCCUCAAGACCAACAUCAAGUUUAUCCGGCCCUUCAAGAUUCCCCCCAAGCCGGCGCAUCAUCACAAGCAGAGUACGACCGAUCCCUCGAUGCGAGACUGAGGAGCUACCGGCUGCCAUCUAACCCACCUAACUAGCGACUCCAACUCAGGCCAAGUGCCCAAUGUAAUUGGGCCGAUCCGCUCCCCAUGAUAUUGUUUUGGUCGAACCAAGCAAUGCUCCAAAAUCUUUGUGUUCUUUGUGUACAAAUUGUUGUUGUAGUUGAAUGUAAUGUGCGAUGCAAUAAUAUAGAAUGUAUUCAAGUGGCCAGCGAUGGCCCAAGCAAGGGUAUAGUCAUCCCAGUAACUGCUAA